GGAGGCCGGGGGGGGUGUCUCGGCCGGGUGGGCCGGGCCUUGCCCUCGGCCGGGCGCCAUGAGCCAAGGCGGCGGGGCUACCGGCGAGAGCGGCGAGCCGGAGGCCAAGGUGCUGCACACCAAGCGGCUGUACCGAGCAGUGGUAGAGGCCGUUCAUCGUUUGGAUCUCAUCCUUGGCAAUAAGGCAGCGUAUCAAGAAGUGUUCAAGCCGGAGAACAUCAGCUUGAGGAACAAGCUGCGGGAGCUGUGUGUGAAGCUGAUGUUCUUGCAUCCAGUGGAUUACGGAAGAAAAGCAGAAGAACUGCUCUGGAGAAAAGUUUACUAUGAAGUUAUCCAGCUCAUUAAAACAAAUAAAAAGCACAUUCACAGCCGUAGCACUCUGGAGUGCGCGUACCGGACUCACUUAGUUGCUGGCAUAGGAUUUUACCAGCACCUUCUCCUCUACAUCCAGUCUCACUAUCAGCUGGAGCUGCAGUGCUGUAUUGACUGGACGCACGUAACAGACCCUCUCAUAGGCUGCAAGAAACCUGUGUCUGCAUCGGAGAAGGAGAUGGAGUGGGCACAGAUGGCAUGUCACAGAUGUCUGGUUUAUCUGGGAGAUCUAGCUCGCUAUCAGAAUGAACUGGCAGGUGUGGACACAGAGCUGCUGGCUGAGCGGUUUUACUAUCAAGCCCUUUCUGUUGCACCACAAAUUGGCAUGCCCUUUAACCAGCUGGGGACGCUGGCAGGGAGCAAGUACUACAACGUGGAAGCUACCUACUGCUACUUACGCUGUAUCCAGUCUGAAGUGUCCUUUGAAGGUGCCUAUGGGAACCUGAAGCGGCUGUAUGACAAAGCAGCCAAAAUGUAUCACCAGCUGAAGAAAUGCGAAACCAGGAAGUUGUCUCCAAGCAAGAAACGAGGCAAAGACAUUAAGAGGUUGCUGGUGAGCUUUAUGUACCUGCAGAGUCUUUUGCAGCCAAAGAGCAGUUCUCUGGAUUCUGAGCUGACAUCUCUCUGCCAGUCUGUGCUGGAGGAUUUCAACCUGUGCUUGUUCUACCUGCCCUCUCCUCCUAAUCUGAGCUCAACUAGUGAAGAUGAAGAAGAGUAUGAGAGUGGCUACUCCUUCCUUCCCGAUCUCCUGAUCUUUCGCAUGGUGAUCAUCUGCCUUAUGAGUGUUCACAGCCUCAAGAGGGCAGGUUCAAAGCAGUACAGCGCAGCCAUCGCUUUCACGCUGGCCCUCUUCUCUCACCUGAUAAAUCACGUCAAUAUUCGCCUCCAAGCAGAGCUGGAAGAAGGGGAAAAUCCAGUCCCAGCCUUUCAGAGCGAUGGCACAGAUGACCAGGAGCCACGGGAGCCAUUGAACUCGAUCGAGAAGGAAGCCGACGCUGACUUGGCCAAUCAUCAGCCCAGCGAGGAACAGCGUAAGAAUGACUGCAAGAAAAGCAAGAAAUACUCCCGCCUCUCCUGUUUGCGCCGCCGCCGCCACCCCCAGAAGGUGGAUGAGAGCGACCUGAGCGAGGGCUUUGACUCUGACUCCAGCCAGGGCUCCAUAAAGGGCAGCGAUGGCUCAGAAAGUGGCUCAGAGAAGAGUGACGAGGAAGCAGAAGCUGCUUUUGAUGUGGAGACGGACUCUGACAUGAACAGCCAAGAAUCUCGGUCCGACUUAGAGGACAUGGAGGAUGAGCCGGGUGAGGAGGGAGGUGGCCGAGGCAAAAGUGGGCCCAAAGAGGCCUUAAAAAACUGUGUGGAUGGCAGUGGGCUUGGGGACUCCAACAGCCCAAGCAUCUCUAAAAUUGAGGCUCCGGAUCCCGGAGUCAAUGGGCCGACUUCCCUGAGCACUAAUGACGCGAGCAUAGCCAGUAAUCUCCAGGCCAUGUCCACCCAGCUGUUUCAGACCAAACGCUGCUUUCGCUUGGCUCCCACUUUCAGCAACAUCCUUCUGAAACCGAACAGUGACCCGCCUGUCUUGAAGGAUGGACUAGAAAGCAAGCCAUGUGUCAAUGGGGAUCUGGAGAAGCCCAGCUUGGCAGAGCAAGAUGACGUGUCUGACUCUGAGGAAAGCAUUUCAAGUAACAAAUCCUGCAGGAAUGAGCGAUCCCUUCAGGAGAAGCUAGAGAUCGUGACCAAUGAAGGGCUGCUUCUCACUGUCAAGGUGUUUCUGGACUGGCUGAGGACAAACACGGACCUCAUCAUCAUGUGUGCUCAGAGCUCUCAGAGCCUGUGGAACAGGCUGUCUGUGCUCCUGAACCUUCUGCCUUCUGCUGCAGACCUGCAGGAAUCAGGGCUGGCCCUGUGUAAUGAAGUCAAGGACAUUCUGAGUGGUGCUGAGCUCCCAGACCUGAAAGCCAACUUGCUGCUCCCAGAAGACGUGGCCCUGCGAAAUCUUCCCCCUCUGAAAAAUGCACACAAGAGGUUUAACUUUGAGCAAGACCGGCCCAUUUUCUCAGCAGUUGAGGAGUCUAUUGUUCGGAUUUGCUGCAUUCGGAGCUUCGGCCACUUCAUUACCCACUUGCAAGGCAGCAUCCUGCAGUUCAACUCGGAGCUUGGGAUCUUCAUCAGCAUAGCACAGUCGGAGCAAGACAACUUGCUGCACCAGGCGCAAGCCCAGUUUCACAUGGCUGCAGAGGAAGCGCGUCGGAACAGGCUGAUGAGAGAUAUGGCUCAGCUUCGACUGCAGCUGGAGGUUUCUCAGCUGGAGGGAAGUCUCCAGCAGCCCAAAGCGCAGUCAGCCAUGUCUCCUUAUCUUGUCCCGGACACCCAGGCCCUCUGCCAGCACCUGGCUGUCGUCAAGCAGCUAGCCACCAGCGGGAGGUUCAUAAUCAUCAUCCCUCGAACAGUGAUUGAUGGCUUAGACUUCCUGAAAAAGGAGAACGCAGGUGCUCGGGACAGCAUCCGCUAUCUGGAGGCAGAAUUUAAAAAGGGAAACAGGUACAUCCGUUGCCAGAAAGACGUUGGGAAGAGCUUUGAGAGGCAUAAAUUGAAGAGACAAGAUUUAGAUGCCUGGAAUCUCUAUAAAAUACUGGACAGCUGCAAACAACUGACAGUGUCCCAGGGAAGCGGAGAAGACGACACCACAGGAAUGGUCACCAUCAUCACGGGCUUUCAGCUGGAGGACCCAAGCACGUUCUCGGCGCCCAUGCAGUCUGCCAUCCAGGCAGCCGCCAAUGCCAGCGUAGAAAUAAAAAAUGUUCUGGAGUUCUACAAGCAGUGGAAAGAGAUGGGCUGAUGAUCAGAAAGGCAUCGGGUUGGUGUACCUUUCUCUCCCCCUCUCGGAACGUGCAGCGUCUGAACGAAGGAAACAAAAAUCCAGGCGACACUUAGACACGAAGAAGCAGCAGCAGCAACAAUAACAAAAAUACCUACCAAAAAAAAAAAAACCAAAACAAAAAAAAAACCACAAAAAAAAAAUUUUCCAAUUUGGGCACGCACACAGACACCCUCCACCUGUAUCCCGACCAGACGGCUGUACAUCUCCGACGGCGCCAACUGCUCUGAGAAGAGAGAGGCACCUCGGCAUGGCCGAGGCAGAGCUCUGCCCUUCUCCCAGUCGGCAGAGAUGGGCGAGAGACGGGCAGUCAUUCGUUCCCCCUCACUCCCCCCCGCCCAGAGCUUGCUCCGCCAUCUGAAAUGGGCAGGCGGCUUCUAAAGCGUGGACUUGACUUUAGUGAAACCAAACCAGCGCAGCAGAAAUGGAGCCCUCCUAAGCUUGGGAAAGAAGAUCCAAAGAGUGUUUAGCCCUUGUUUGGCAAUCUGGUGACAGGAAAGCAGAUAUUCUUUUUUUUUCUUUUUUUUUUUUUCCCCUCCCUCCUCCUUUGAAUUAAUUAUUUUUCAAGGUUGUUUUUUUUUUUCCUUUUAAUUCUUAGUUUUUAUAUAUAUAAAUAAUAUUAAAAAAAAAAAGAAAAAGUGGAGUUCCUCUGGGGUUCUGGAUACUCUUCCAAUGUCAGAGAGAAAAGGAAACAAUUAUGCUAUUUAAAAGGGGGGGAAAGCUCUUAAUAUAAUUUUUUUUUUUUUUUCUUUGAGCAAGCAUAUUUAUUUCCUUUCCCUGUCCCCCACGGAGCAGGCUUAGCGCAAAGGGAUGGUGGCCUGCAAGGAGAGAGCAGUCUGAAGCGCACACCCUUGCUCUGCUUACAAGCUGCACACUUCAUGAGCAACGCGACUGGCCGGGCUGCUAGAGGGAGGUGAAAAGGGCUCUGCUCCUCCUUCCCCCGUCCCUCCCGCUUCCUUGCUUCCAGCGUUAGACCUUGGAGAAAAGGAGUGGAGCCCGGCAGAGAUGCUGGAAGAGAGAGAAGAACUGUGUGGGAUUGAAACACCGAUAAGGCUCAACCACUUGGCUGGAGUGCUGUGACGGAGCAGACAUCUCCGAAGGACCCAAUGCCUCUUCUUUUUUUUUUUUUUUUCUUUUUUUUCCUUUUUAUUUUCUUUUUUCCCUUUAUUCUUUUUGCUCUCUAAAUCUUGCAAUGAGGUGUGGAGGAGGAAGGAGGAUCUCAAAGCCAUUAUCUCUUCUGCUGGUUGUUCGGACGCACCACUGCUGCUAUGCCGUGCUAGAGAGGGUGGCAGAACUUGAGUGUUUGUAUCCCCCGUCCUCACGGCCCUCCAGGGCAGGCAGAGGCAGCGCGGUGACCGCCGCCGCCCAGGACUGAGCUCACAAACCGUUCAGCGCUUUUAGCAUCCCAAAAAGAAGGGAUGAUGUUACCUGGACGGAUGCUGGAAGAGCUAAUUCGCCGUGUGACCUGCGAGGGACCUUUCAGACCUCCAUCCUGACGGCAUCUCAAGCAACCCGUGUCUGACGUCCUCCUGUCACACCCUGAUGCUUGGAAAUGAAGAAACGGGUUGCUCCCGGGACAGCAGAGCGGAGGGAAAUAGGCUGAACGGCCUCUUUGUAGUUCAUCUGCGUCAAUGUACUCAAGAAACAGAUGUCUCCAUCCACAUGAACUAACAGCAGCUAUGCAAGUAAAAACCACUAGUCUUCUACAUUUGUGUGUUUUUUUUUUUUUUUUCACAUGGGCCAGCCAGAAGCUGCUACAAAAGGGGCAUGAUAUGGAAAGACAAGCAACAUACUCCAAUCUGUGCGGACUUCCUAGCAUGAUGCAUUGUACUGGAGUGGCAGGAUUUGUUUUCAGGUAAAAACUUAAAAAAAAAAACCAAACAAACCCAACAAAACCCAACCAGCACAAGUCCCAGAGGAUUCAUCGGUAUUCCAGUUUCACUUCCUUUGCAGCAUGCGGCCUCGUAGCACAGCAGAGAGAAAUGCCGAGCGGGAAGUUCCAGCUCCAUUCCGUGGGGGCUGAAGGGCCGGUGGGAGGGGGGGGAGGGGCAGGCUUUCCCAACAGGUCCUUCCUUUUGCAGCUUCUCCUGAAACUCGCGGUGCUUUUCUAGGCUAAGCCAAGGAAACAACACAAGCAGAACAGCAGGUCAAAGACUCUGGCUCAUCUUGGGUGUUCUUAGAGAUCUAAGGUGGGCUGUGAAGCUCGUCAGUCACUCUUUCCUCCAGCGCUACCGGGGUUUUUCUUUGAAGCCAUUUGUUUGUCUAGCUCAUUAUUUUUGUUUGAUGGGGUGGAAAAAGAAAAGAGAGUCGCCUUGUGGGACAUGUCCUUCAGUGUAUGAGGCAGAGCGAUGUGGAUGGCAGAGUCACCUCCCCGCCUGCCCCUCCCUUGGCUCGGGGAGUGCUGCUGAGCUACGGUGAAAUACGCUCCCCGUUCGCUGGAAGCCUGGCGCAGGGGGACGGGUGGCUGGUGGACUGUGCUUUCCCCCCCGGCUGCUUAAGAAAACCAUCUGCCUCCUCGCUGCAAAGCAUGUCGGCAGGGUCUGCAGUCUGCAACCGUCUUCUGGAGGGCUGCUCGAGCUGCAGCCGGGCUGCCUUUGCAGUCCUGAGAGGUUUAUUGUCAUUCCCUUGUGGCUGCAUGGCGCAGAGCCUGCGCGCGGGGUUUAUAGAGCGGAGAGCGGCGCUUGGCUGCCAUCAAACCAGCGAGGAGCUGGAGGCGUCCCUCAGCUUUGCUCCGGGCCAGGUGUUCCCUUGGCCACAGCUGGAUCUCGAGGGGGAGGAAAGAGCGAUGCAAAUAAAGCAGCAACCCAAAGGCACCGCCCGGCGCUCCCAUCACGGCGCGCUCGGUUCCCGUAGCUCCGUGGUGCGGGGUGAGAGCCGGGAGCCCAGUGCCGUGGGCUCAGGGCAGCGGGUGCUGUCACUGGCAGCAAGGGCUCACAGUCGGGGGCAGAACCUGGGCUAACCCGGUCUCUCCGCGUCCCGAGUCAGCCCCAGGGCUUGUUUGGGCUGGAUGCAGAAGGCAGUUUAAGAACAAAAGUAAAUAAACUUGACAUUUCCGUAAGGAGAUGUUGCUGAGCUGCGGUGAGCCCACCUAGGGGCCACACGGCGCCCUGGGAGGGCUUCGUCCUAAAAGGCAGCAAAGCUUUGCCUUACUGUCCUCGUCCCUCAGUAACUGCCCUGCUCUCCCGAGGCGUUGUUUUAGGGUUGCCCUGGAGCUUUGCACACCUGGAGAGGAGGAGAAGGCCCUGGCCCUUCACCAGCGACGCUUAACUGCCCAGUGGCAUCAUUCGGGACAUCGUACCUCUGGGCUGAGGGGGGAGGGACAGUGACCUUUUACAAAAAAAAAAAAGGCACCUGAAAGAAGCUCCCCGUGCCACCCUGCGUCUCUCCAGAACCUGCCACUAGGGUUGAGGACCUGAUAAUUUGGUUUCUGUUUUGGGUGCACGUCCCCGGUCAGAGAUAGGCCGAGCUGAAAGAGCGGGAGACUUCAAAGCUCCGGAACAGCGUAGCUGCAAAGCGGCCUCAGGGAAGAUGGCAAGCUGCGUCCUCCGGCAAGUGUUGCCUUCCAAUGGAGGAGCAACUUGACGUCUUUAAGGUUGGGGUGAAAGAAGACACUUCUUAGCCCCAAUCCCAGCACUUGCCGUGAGUGGGAGUCUCCUCCCUGGCUAUAAAUUGAUACCCACCCGUUACGCCCCAGGCCCAGUUUGCCCCAGACGCGAUUUGGUGCGUCCCUUCCAAAUCCCAACCCAGACGCCAAAAGCAGGAGCCCGGGCUCCCUGGCGGGUUGUGCUGGCGGCCGAUGCUGAGCGGUUCUCCAGGGCUAAAGAAAAGGUGAAGGUCGGGGGGGAGGCUCUGCGUCUCCUGGCUUUCUGCUCCGCGCGGGGCUGGGGUGUCCCGCGAGCUCCCCGACGCGUUUCCAUCCCAGCCCGAGAGCGAGCCCCAAACCGCCCUGCCGCGCUCCCGCCAGGCGCGAGCCGGGUGACGGCCAGCUCUGCUCCGCCGCUCGCCCGGACGGUGCUAUUGCUGUCCCGGCUCAAAGCUUGCUGCCACCCGCUCCGAGCUCGUCCCGUUAUCGCCCACAGUGCUGGGGAAGGAGAGCGAAAAGAAAAACAAUCUUGUGGGCCGAAAGCAGUGUUUUUGACGUGUUUUUGUGUGUUUCUUGGUUUUGAUUUUUUUUUUUUUUUUUUUCCCUCUUCGUUACCACCAUGUUGAGCCCUGUGGGGUGACCCCAGGCUGGGAGAGCGCGGGUUUGUGGUGGUUGAGGCUCGCUGGGUUUCCCGGGAGGGGGUGGCACAGGGGCUGUCCCCAUCCCGUGCCGGGGUGGACGCGGUCCCUGGUGCUCCUUGGGCUUCUGCUCAGCGGUUUCACGGGCUGUGCCAAGCAGGCGCUUCCUUCUGCUCCCAUCCUUGCCGGGCUGGAUGCUGCCUGCAAUGCCUUGGAUUUGCGCUUUGCAACUUAGAUUUGAUUUUUUUGUUGUUUUUUUUCUGUUUGUUUCUUCCCCCUCCCCCCCCACCCCCCCUGCUUCUUGAUGUCUAGCAGAGCUAGCCGGUCUGGCUGGGGCAGAACACGGGGUGGGGACGACAGGGUGGCUGCGAGAAUGGGGAAAGGCCGGAGGGUUGGCCCGGGGUCCCCGUAUCGCGGGUCCCAUCUCCGUCUGCUGGCGGGGAGAGCACCGUGGCUUGGUCCGGGGCGAGGGACGGUCACCUCUCCCUCCCUCCCUCCUCCUUUUGCACAAAAGCCGCCCAGCCCGGGGACGCGCGCGCGGAUCGCUCUUGCUGGGGGAGCGAGGGGAUGGCUGGUGGAGCCCAGCAGGGACGAGGGGGAGCGCGGGGGCUCUCACGGCAUGUGUCUUGUCUGGGAUCCAAACACAUUGACUGGCUUAAUAAAAUACAAGAUGUUUGUAGCUCUCGUUCUGUGGUGAUUCCCAGCCCGGCCCCGUCUGUCUCCUGGGCAGCCCCAGGGACGGGUACGUUUUUUGAUGUGUGAAUCCGCCCUCAAACCUGCGCUUUGCUGACCAAACGUUUUGCUUUUCAGAAAAAAAAGAAAAAAAAAAAAAAAAAGCAGCUUUGCCGUUCCCAACGCCUUUGUUAUUUGACUUGGGUGAAGGAAGGCGUAACCUUGGUUUGCUGUUGAGUUGCUGGGAUCAAAUGUAGGUGGGUCCCUUCCUUAUCCCUGUAGCCGGAAGAGUGUUUUCCUUCGUUCCUUUGCCUGCUGCCCUUCGGGGGUCAGGGUGAGUUUGUCCUUUUGCCAGGACUCUGCCUGGAAUCACAGGAUAGUUACGGCUGGAAGGGGCCGUUGGGAUGGGCGAGUCCAACCAUCGACCCAACCCUGCCCAAACCCCCGCUGACCCACAUCCCUCGGCGCCACGGUCCCG